AUGGAUGGAUUGGACGUUAUCUCCAUACCUUGGAACACCAAGAAAGUAUCUUGUGCUGGACCUUUGCGAGCGGGGUUCCUGGGCCGAUGGAGCUUCAAAACGCGCUUUCGUCUUGAAGGACCAUCGGCCGCUUCCGUCCCCACCUGUUUCAAUGCCCUCGGUUUCAUCGUCAUCUGGAUGUUCGCGGUCGAGACGAAGCAGUUGACACUCGAGGAGAUGGACGAGAGCGCAAAUCCAUGUGAGACGGCUAAGCUUGCCAACAGAGAGGCGAGGAAACGGGCUUUGCAGGACGGUGAUGCUCAGCAUGCUUGA